CAUGAAAGUGCCUGUCCGGUAUUCGCGUCGUUAAAUAUCACAAUAUAUGAUCCUCCCUGUCGAAGCCAAGUCAUGAAGAACCCUUGUUUCCAUAUCGUUAGUUUCGUCGGUGUACAUCGUUGUCGGACUGGACAGUUUGAACUGCUCUUGAUCAACCGCCAGAGGACCAUGGGGCUGCGAGAUUCUGGCGUAAUAUCCAACAUCUGAGAAAAACACGAACGCUUGCGAUGAGUUGCCACGUAUGCUCUCGUGCUCCGAAUCCACGGCUGCCUUUCUGUUGCGCAACAUGUGCCCGCUCCCAUCUAUACCAACUGCGAGUCGAACAUGCGAAAGUCCUCUUAGAAAAGGAAGCCAUAGGGAAACAAAUCGAAGAUGCUGUCGCACAUAGAGAAACUGAUGGAGUGGUCCCCAAAUCAGCUACUCAGGGUCAUAGUCGCUGGACCGUCCAGGCUAUUGCCAACAAACAAGCAAAUUCAUCCGCAAGGACAAAAGCGCUUAGGGACCGGGUUGAAGCUUUGGUCGCUGAAAUGAACUAUAAAAAGCUUGAUAUAUCUCAGCGCAGACUCACCCUGGCACGGCGAAACUCUGACACUGAAUCUGCGAAGUAUCAACUUCUGGAGCGUGAAGCCGCCAUGCUGACCGCAAUACAAAACAAUACCAGAAGGACGGAACACCUCUGGCACACUUUGCACACCAAGACAACAGAUGCACGGAUAUUCCUCUGCCGGGAGGCUGCUAAUAUCUAUGGAUUGCGGCAGAAAAGCAAGAGGAUUAAUGGGGAUAGCAAAGAGACCUACGUGCUUGGCGGUAUGCCUCUCAUAGACUUGCGAGAUAUGAAUGGCGCCACAGCAGCUCACAUAUCCACAUCCUUUUCUAAUAUUGCCCAUCUCCUUGUCCUUAUCUCACAUUAUUUGUCCCUGAGACUUCCGGCAGAAAUAACUCUCCCGCAUAGAGAUUAUCCAACGGCUACAAUUUAUGCGCCUGCAAGAUCCUAUCUACCCCGAGAACUGCCUUCAGGCUCGCCCGCUCAGUCAUCAUCGUCCGGCCCGGCAGCUUCGCGAACGCCAGAUCCACAACACUACGCGCCCCGGCCUCGACCUUUGUUUAUUGAUAGAAGUCUGCCAAAGCUAGCGCGAGAGGACCCUAGAACAUAUGCUCUCUUCUUGGAAGGGGCCACACUUUUGGCUUGGAAUGUUUCUUGGCUGUGUCGGACUCAAGGAUUAAAUCUGACUUCGGACUCAUGGGAAGAAGUAUGCGACAUUGGAAAGAAUAUUUGGCAACUAUUGGUUGCUCCUCCCAUGCAAGCAUCGACCCUAAUGAAGGCAUAUGCCAGCCGUGACAUACCAUCGAAGUCGCGGGCUUCCAAAGAUUCUCCGAAAACCACUAUUCAACGAACGAAGACGUUCUCUAUGCUGGGUCAUUAUUCCCAUGGAACUGCUCAUUCGUUCUUGGGCGCUUCAGAAGGCACAGAAUUCAUGCGAAUGUGGAAGUUACCAACUCCGACAAAGGUAGUGGACAAAUUGAAAUCGACGCUGCUCGGAGAAAUGGCAAGUGCCGAAUGGGAAUUACUCGAGAAGGAAUGGGACGAUGAGGUUCAAGAACCGCCUCAGCCUUUACAAGAAACCCGUGUCCCUGUCGAGCAGAGUCAUGGGCGUGGUCUAGGGCCCGAAAGGAAUGACAGCACUCAUACAACACUUACUGGUGCAGGCAUAUCAAGAAACGAAGAUGCCAAACCGGAAUCCGCGAACGAGCCAACAAGUACCGGUCGAUCAAAAGGGACCAGUGGAUGGACUAAACUGCGAAACAGAUAGCAAGCUAAGUGUCACUCAGCCAUACUGUACUAUAUAAUAACACUAGGACCAUCCUCGGAGUGUUGUUCAUAGCCUAUCUAGGUAUAGAGUUCUAUAUAAGUACUUUCCUAGAAUUAGAAUUGAGGAUCUCGUCCGAGAUAUGUCUUACCUUCUCUAAUUUAAUGCUCGUUUGCUUGUCAGGGGUCUCAGCAAAGCAAUCCAUGUAUGUUAAACGCAUAUGAUUAUCUUGAUUCCAU